AUGUUGAGUGUGGAGAUGUACCCCAGUUUGGCUCUGGGACCUCAGAGGAUCGGAGACUGCUUUUACAGAGACCGCCAGGCUCCAGCCCACAUGCCGUUGUUCCCUCCCGCCUGUGACGUGGCGGCCAAAGCGCUGCCCCCGAGGCUGCUGGCCCCUCCCCCUGUCCCCAGCGACCCCACCACCAAAACCUCGAAAGAUGAGGUGAAGAUGGAGCUGGAGAACGCGUCUUUAUGGAAGCAGUUCAGCUCGGUGGGCACAGAGAUGAUCAUCACAAAGAAGGGCAGACGGAUGUUCCCCGGGCUGAGGUUAAAGCUCUCAGGUCUGAACCCAUCUCUGCGUUACAUCCUCCUGCUGGACAUCAUCCCUGUGGACAACUCUCGCUAUCGCUUCCAAGGUGGUGGCUGGCAGGCUGUUGGCGGUGCAGAGGCGAGGCUACCGGACCGGGUUUUCAUCCACCCAGACUCACCUGCCACAGGUGCUCACUGGCAGGGCCGCACCAUCUCCUUUCACUACGCCAAGCUCACCAACAACACACUGGACUCCCAGGGGCACAUCAUCUUGCAUUCGCUGCAUCGCUACCAGCCCAGAGUUCAUGUAAUUGAAGCCAGAGACGUGCUGAGGUGGGGCGGAGGGCAACACUCCUUCGUUUUCCCUGAGACCCAGUUUAUCACAGUCACCGCCUACCAGAACAACAAGAUCACAGAGCUGAAGAUCAACUCCAACCCCUUUGCUAAAGGCUUCAGAGAGGACGGCAUGAACAGCAAAAAACAAAGAGAUGCAAGACAGAAGCGCAAAAUAUCUGUCUUAUCAGAAACCCUUGAUAUUGUGAACUGUGAUCCCUGCGAGUCUGCUGAGCUUCUGCCGCAGCCCAUAACCACCAGCUCAGACCUGCAGGCCCUCGCUCUGGCCUCUCUGCCUGCACUGCCUGACUCCUCCUGUGGGUUCAAACCAGAGGACGCCUCCUAUCAGGACACACUGGUCCCGGAGCAGCCGCUACAUCUGGGCCAGGCGUUCAUGGCAUCACAGAUGACUGAUAUUGGCAUCACCAUGGCCGAUGGGAUGCAGGGCACACCGGGGAGUGAGGUGGCGAAUCAGAUUAUUGAACGAUCAGACACUCUGGGUGAAGCAGCUUUCACCUCCACCUUCCCUGAUGUUCAGGCCAACUCCUCAUCUUUCCCUUCUGCUCCUCUUCCUCAGUCAGCCUCCUUCUCCUCCCUCCCGGAGCCAUCAAACACAUCCGAUCCCCAACCUAUCGACUAUCCCUCUAUCCUCUCCUCCUCCCCCACGCUCCCCUCCUCCUCCACCACCACCACUCCCUCACUUCAGCAGACCUCCUUCACCUUCCCUACUCCGCCUCCCUCCAACACCUCCUCACCACAGCCACUCCUGUCCUCUUCCUCUCCUUCUGCCAACACCUAUCACACCAUCCAAGAGACAAUCAGCCCACAUACACCCACAGCUUUUUCUGCUCCGUCUUCCACAUGUGAGUCGGGUCUCCAAAUGUCAGCUCAAUCUCUGCUCACCCAGCCUGGUCAGCCGCUGCAGGGUGAGCCUAUCACCAGCGGAGAUAAUUCACCCAGCGAUCACAGCUCAUUUAUCUAUCCAAAUAUCCUUCCUGCAAAUCCUGAUCCGGCUCCAGUUACAGCUCUGCCUCUCCCCAAUCACAACCAACCGCCUGCUCCCAGUCUGCCGUGCUCCCUGCCAUCUCACGGCGCCCCCACAUCUUUUGCCUUUCCUCCACACAUGCAAAAUCUCUCAUUUUCAAAUGUGCCUCCAAACUCUACCCACCAUGCCCUUCACCUCCAAAAUCUGAGCCACCAAGCCCAAACUCCCUCUCUUGCUGCUGCUGCCUUCCCUACUUCCUCCUUCACCCAUCCACCAUCCUCCCUCCCUUCUUUCCAGCCCUCCUCUUGCUUGGCUGUCUCUUCUUUCCCGCAGUCUGCUCCACCAACAGCCCAAAACCUGCCCAACGCCUCCACCUCCACAUACCCUUCAGUUGAAAUUGGUGCCAUCCCACCGUUCAAUCCUGCCGCCCCCUAUCGCCCAGAGAUGGUCCUGCACCACCCAUCUCUCCUUCCUCAGUUGGAUCCAUCACUCCCAUCCAGUCUUCCCUCCUCCACCCCUCCCCCAGCCCUCUACUCAACCUUUCCGUCUUACCCUCUCCGGCUCUGUCAGGACCCCCACUCGUCCCUCUCCAUCCCGUUCAGGCAUCUGUACGGCAACACCAGCAUGGUCACGCCCACCCUCAGGGGUCCUACCUGGAUAUGA